AUGCCUGAAGAUUUUAUAAAAACCCUGUGGACAACGCGUCUUCCUAUGAAUAUCCAGACUUUUAUCGCAGGACAACCUGAUACCAGCUUGGAAGAUCUCGCGGAACGGGCAGAUAGGAUAAAAGACUUGGCAACCUCACCUCAAGUAGCCUCCACAUCUACGUCCGGGCCUGGAUCCCACAUGGAAUCAUUAGCCAACGAAGUAGCCGAACUCAAAAAACAAAUGCAAACAAUGCACAUGAAGCUGGACCGCAACAACCGCUACCCACGCUGCUCGCAAUCUUAUCAGCCAUCUCGUAGCCAGUCAGGGCAACGAUCUAACUCAAGCUACCGCAAGUUCCCAGUUUGCUGGGUUCACGCUAAAUACGGGAAAAGGGCUACCAAAUGCAUUAAACCGUAUCGUAAAUUGAAGACACGGUUCCUCAUUGAUACCGGCAGUGACCUCUGUGUCUUCCCGCAUUCUGCACUCAAACAACGCCGGCCAAAGACCGAUUUUCAACUGACCGCAGCUAAUGAAUCGAUAAUAAAUACGUACGGUUACGUCCACCUUACUCUGGACUUGGGCCUUCGCCGCGAUUACUCUUGGCGAUUUGUCGUUGCCGACGUGACUAAAGCCAUCAUCGGAGCCGACUUCUUAGGUCAUUAUAACCUCUUAGUCGACAUCCGACUUCAGCGUUUAGUCGACAACACAACUUCAUUGCAUGUCGCGGGGUUUCUACCGAGUUCAUCUAAAAAUAUUUCCUCGAUUAAGGUAGUAGGCGGUGACAGCAAGUACCACGACAUAUUGAAUGAAUUCCCAGAGAUAACACGACCAUCAGGCGUACAGCGAGAGCUAAAACACAAUACAGUGCAUUUUAUCAAAACCACUCCCGGGGCUCCAGUCUCCUCCUCCCCACGUAGACUAGCACCCGAUAAGCUGCAGAUAGCAAAGAAAGAGUUUGAAGCCAUGUUAAAGGAUGGCACUGCACGGCCAUCACAAAGUCCAUGGUCAUCUCCUCUUCACCUCGCGCCCAAGAAGGAAAACGGUUGGAGACCUUGCGGAGAUUACCGGAUGCUGAACGCAAGAACCAUACCGGAUCGGUACCCUAUACGCCACAUACAUGACUUCGCGCAUAACAUUACCGGAUGCAAGAUAUUCUCGAAGUUAGACCUCGUGAAGGCAUAUAACCAGAUACCGGUCAGCCCCGAAGACAUACCGAAAACCGCCAUCACCACACCGUUCGGACUAUUUGAAUUCCCGUAUAUGACGUUCGGAUUACGAAACGCUCUUUUACUUGAUCGUCUGGUUUAUGGAACGGGAUUUCCCAGCGUGCUAGCGGAUCAGCGACAACUACUCUACAAGGAAAUUACAUCAUGUGUCAUUUUGUCAACGUCAUACAGGCAAGGAGGUGCAGACCAGGCACAUUUUAGGGACAUUUUGGAUCGUCUGGGCGACGGAAACUCCACUAAGAGUGAUUGGGAAAUAUUGAUGUCGCGGGAAAAGAGUAGAUUAAGUGACGCGGAAUGA